AUGUCGUUCAUAUCGCAAGACGCCUUCAAGAAUCAGAACAUUCAACUGAUCGAUCUCACCAAUAAUCAUAUUGAAACUAUUAAUGUGAAUGCCUUUCGAACUCUCGAGAUAACAAUACUGCCAAGUCGAUCCCUGUAUCGUCUUCCCUUACAAGUUUUAACAAUAGCAAAUAAUCGAUUGAACGAAAUCGAAAAACUCGCGUUACCCUCAUCGAUCUGGUUCAUUGAUCUCAAGAAUAAUGUCUUACAACAGAUACCAUAUCUGGCUAUACGAGAGCUCAGAUCGCUGAGAAAUCUCGAUUUGGAGGGCAAUAAUAUCACCGAGAUAUCUUUUCAUCCCGAGGUUGAGUUCUCUUCAGAAAUCGAUCUGAGACUGAGUAAUAAUCGCAUCUCGGCGUUGAACGAUAUGGCCUUCAACAGUUUCCAAAAGUUCAAUCGGCUUGACCUCAGCUAUAAUCAGAUCAGUCGAAUCGAAGCGAAUGCGUUCAGUUCGAUCAGUCAAUUGAAACAACUGGAUCUAUCCUACAAUAAGAUUGUUCAUAUCCCCGCAGGUACAUUCUCGAAUAUCGCAAAAUCCCUUCAGAGACUUAAUCUCGAGGAGAAUCAACUUCACACUCUGCCAUCUGCGUUGCAACAACUGCGCAUAUUGCAGUAUCUCAAUAUGAACAGUAAUAAACUUAUUACGCUAGACAAUCAAACCGUAUCAAACUUGAAACCAGCACUCAGUGAACUGUUACUGGCCUUUAAUCGGCUGUCACAAAUCCCAACCGAGGCGUUGGAUGGGAUGAGUAAAUUGAAGCAUUUGGAUUUAUCGAAGAAUCGGAUUAGAUCUCUGCAGAGACUGGCAUUCGGACGG